GUAAGUCUAAUAUGUUUGGUUUAAUAUGGCGCAAGGUUUAGAUUGUAAUAACAUCACUUAUUAAGUGUGAUUGUAAUGUAUAAUCAAGGAAAUUGUAUAUAUCACUAGACUGAAAUCAGAUACUAGAGUGAUAAAAAAUGGUAAAAAACAUCGCAAAAAUUUUGGAAAAUAUUUGCUUGUCUUGUUCUUCUGUUGGUUCUUGUUGGUGUUAUAACUGGGAUUUACUACAUUGUGUAACAACAUGUUUACACUACACUUCUUGAAAAAAAAAAUUCUAUUGUGCAGAACAGCAAUGGAUCCAAGUCAGGAGAAUUAUCUGGCUCAUCAUCCAAACCAGCUAUCAUCUCUACAUCAUGUUUGGACCUAAAAAACUCUGGAGUCUCAAGCGAUGGUUAUCACUUUAUUCAACCAAAUGAAACUGACACUUCAAUCAAGGUAUAUUGUGACAUGACAACAUCUGGUGGUGGUUGGACGUUAGUAGCAUCUGUUCAUGAGAAUGAUAUCAAUGGAAAAUGCAGAACUGCAGAUAUGUGGUUUAGUAAUGACCUAGCACGAUAUUCGAUAUUUUCAAUAAACUGGGAAAACAGAAACAUAUUUGGAAAUGUAAAAGAAGCAACUUCAGCUGAUUAUAAAAACAUUGGAUAUUCUGUGAUUAAGGCAUCUAACCUGAUGUUGCGUCAUGUACCAAACAAAACACCUGUAGAAGAAUCAAAACUCUUUGCAAGUUUGCAAUAUCACACAAAUAACAACUUCCUUGACAAAUAUGGUGGAAAUCUAUUUACAACCUUAACAAAGCAUUACCAAAUGAAUCUCAAAACAACAUCAGGAACUCAGUUUAUUAUGAUUGAAUUUAUGAAGAAAAAAUUUCCUACAAUUCAAAGCCACCCUACCAGCAUGCAGAUUUCUUUCAAUCUUUUCUGCAGAUUCAAGAUGGAUGUUGAUUAUCGAAAUCACAACCCAGUUCCAAAUGAAGGAAUUUAUGAACAGGAAGUUUGCUAUAACCCAGAAAAUUAUGAACCAGUAACAAUACAAAACAAAGCAGUGAAAGCAGAUUCCGGAGAGAUAAAGGAUGGUAAAAAACUAUCACAAAAGUUUUGGAAAAUCUUUACAUGUCUUGUUCUUCUGUUGGUUUUUGUUGUGGCUACAGUUGGAAUUUACUACAUUGCUAAGAACAAUGCAUCCAAGUCCGGAGAGUCUGGCUCAUCGUCCAAACUUACUACCACCUCCACAUCCUGUUUGGAUUUGAAAAACUCUGGAGUCUCCAGUGAUGGUUAUCACUUUAUUCAACCAAAUGGAACUGACACUUCAAUUAAGGUAUAUUGUGACAUGACAACAUCUGGUGGUGGUUGGACGUUAGUAGCAUCUGUUCAUGAGAAUGAUAUCAAUGGAAAAUGCACAACUGCAGAUAUGUGGUUUAGUAAUGACCUAGCACGAUAUUCGAUAUUUUCAAGAAACUGGGAAAACAGAAACAUAUUUGGAAAUGUAAAAGAAGCAACUUCAGCUGAUUAUAAAAACAUUGGAUAUUCUGUGAUUAAGGCAUCUAACGUGAUGUUACGUCAUGUACCAAACAAAACUCCUGUGGACAAAUCAAAAUCUUUAGCAAGCUUGCAAUACCACACAAGUAACAACUUCCUGAACAAAUAUGGUGGGAAUUUAUUCGCAACCUACACAAAGCAUUACCCAAUGAAUCCCAAAACAACAGUUACCUAUCCACCCGACAUAAACAAGUUGGUUGAUGCUAUAGCAGCUCUCUCUACAAACAUAACUUCAGGUAUUCCAGACUUUUACAAAUAUACAUAUGGCACUGAAACCGAUCGUUUACGAGAUGGUGGUCAAAAUAUGUUUACCCUUUUUGGAAUGCAGCUUUAUUUUUAUUUUUUCUGUGGCCACUACGUUGUGCAUGGAAACGAAUUCAAAUGUUCAUCAAGUAGAAGUGUAACAGUAAGCAGAAAAUCUCAUCCAUUUAUUGUUGUAACUACUAUUGGAAAUCUAGUUUCAUCUUCUAAUCUGUAUUAUCAGGUUCACGCCUACAGACCAAGAUCCGACCCAGUCACCUCAUACAAUGGUAAACUAACAGAGGGCAACUUUGAGCUUCAAUACAGAGCUAGAUGCGUUUAUGGAAGAAUUGUUCCAAGUCUUUGUGAUGUUGUGUUUGCAGUUAACAAUACAAAGGAUUGGGCUUCAUCUACCACAUUUACUUGGUCAGAAUCUACAAGCCAUCAGUACAACCAUUACUAUUACUAUGUAUAUAUGAAUACCUACCCAAGAAGAAUAAUGUUUUGUUACACCAUGCUGUCAAGAACUGGUGGGCGACUUGUUACCAAAGUUCAAGUUGAAUCAACUCUUAGGAAAAUGUUACAACCUUUUAAAACGUACACCUGGUCAGCAGAACCAUGUGCAUCCAACCAUCUAGUAGUACCAGUUACAUACACAAUUGGUGAAUCUACUUUGAGCAACUUUGUUCCUCCUUUCAUGAAAUUAGCAACUACAACUGGAUUCUUACAGAUUCGUGCUGAAUCACAUACUGGAACUUACUAUGCUAUGUGUCCUGCUGUUAAAUUGAAUAAUUGCGAUGGACAAUACGUUUGCAUUGGUGGUGUAAAAAAUGGAUAUUCACAGACAAACGACUGCAAUGAUUUAACUGAUUGGAAUGGAUUAACAUACAAUCCAGAUUACCACGCCAGUAAGAAUUUCGCGCAUUCGAGUAAAGACAUUGAAUCCACCAUCAUGAUUUUUUAUCGCUGAAAGCGUUUUUUCUCUGAUUAAGUUUCUAAGCUUUUAUAACCUAUACUUUCUUACAUUUUGUAUAAAAAUAAUAUAAUGUAAACCAAUGUCUAUAACAUAAGGGAUUUCUAGGGUGGCUUGUCACCUCCACUUUUUAGAUUGAAAAUUUUAGUUUAAUUGCAAAGUACUUUUCUAACUGAUAAAAAAGUUUAAGUGUAUGAAACACAUUUUGUUCAAUAUAUGUCUCAUCACAUAUAUUUUUUACGGCUGUAUUUUUUUUAUUCUUCUUGGGUGGGGUCUUGUCAAGGACCUGGGAUUUAAGCCACAUUUGGCCCAUUACCGCAACAGCCAGAAAGCCCUUUUUAAGUUUUAUACGCGACCGGUGCCCAACAUCGCAGCCAGACACCUAUUUUUCGCACCAUUUUUAUUCUCCUGUGCUUCUGAGUUACCACACUUUUUAACUUUGUGUAUGACUUUUGCCCUGAUAUAGCUUAUGAUUUGGACAACCUAUUAGUGACAGCUGGGUUGGAGUAAUAUCCGUCAAGUGUCUUGCCCUAGGACACAUAUGCUAAUCAGUAUAAGUAUCGCUGUCGAGCAACAAACUGGUGACACUUCGGUUACGAUGCAGACGCCUAAACCACUGAGCCAUGGCGCCAGAUUUUUUAGUUGUGUUAGUAAUACCUUUUAUUCAAUAAAUUGUAUACUACUGUUUCAAGCGCAAGCGUGUUAAUGCAUGUUAUUUUACUGUUACUUUUCGUUUUUGUGUAUUACUAAAAGCUUAAUUAAUGUAAACAAAAAAUAGAUUAAUAAAGGUUAUGUUGUAUAAUAAUACACAUUGUUAAUCAUCUUUAUUUCUAUUAAAUUAAAGAUUAGAUUACUGAAAUAAUUGAUUUAUUCUUUUUUUUUGGAGUGAUCUAAUACUGAAUUGUUCAAAGCAAAAUUGGCACAUUGAAUAGGAGGUAGGAAGUCGCUACAACAUAUUUAAUCGACUCUGCUUUUGUAAUUCUUUUGUGUAUAAAUUUCAUUUUUUUGUGUGUUUUAUUAUAUAAGUUUUAUCUCUUUUUCUUUAUUAUGUUUCCUGGUGUAAUUACCAAUAAUGACAUUUUGUAAAUAUUCAAUUAAUAAAUGGUCAACAUUA